AUGCCCGAAACUACACACGAGAGAUCGCCCCUCAUUCAACAUGAAGAGGCUGCUGACAAUAAAGAGUUGCUCGAAUUUUCUGAGGAUGAUAAUGAGAACCCCAGGAAUUGGUCAAAAUGGAAGAAACUAGGAAAUAUCGCUGUUAUCGCCACCAUGGCUAUUCUCUCGCCUUUGGCAAGCAGUAUGUUUGCACCAGGUAUCAAUCAAAUAGCAGAAGCAUUAGACACAACAGCCGAGGCUGUGAUCGCAUGUCAAGCCGGCUUCGUUAUAAUGCUUGGAAUUGGACCGCUUCUACUUGCUCCUUUAUCUGAAACUUUUGGGCGGAAGCCCUUGUACUUGGUCUGCUUUGGCGUUUCGAUCGCUAAUGGAGGUGGGACCAUCUCAGAUAUGUAUUUGCCAAGUGAAAGGGCAGGUGUUUUUGGAUGGUAUCUUCUUGGGCCACUUUUAGGACCGACCAUUGGCCCUCUCCUUGGCGGUAUUAUCUUACAAAAUCUUGAAUGGCCAUGGCUUUUCUGGAUUUUGAUGAUGAUAUGUGGUGUCGUUUUCGCCGGUGUAUACUUUCUUCUCCAAGAAACUUAUGUUCCUAUUCUCCUUACACAUCGGAAGAAACAACUUGAGGAAUGCUCAGACGUUGAAUAUUAUUUCGAGGGGGAAGAUCCAAGACCCUUCUCAUCGAAAGCCAUACAAGCAGUUCAUCGUCCACUUAAAAUACUGUUCACUCAGCCAAUUGUUCUAAUCAUGUCGACAUAUCAAGCCCUUAUUUUCGCCACAACAUACAGUCUUUAUACCCAAUUCUCCCGCAUCUACGGCGAUGGAUACGGGUUCAGCACUGUUCAAGUAGGACUUGUAUAUCUCGCCCCAGGACUUGGAUUCCUUUCAGCAGUGAGAUUAAUAGUCCCGAGGAUAGACGAUGUCCGAAAUCACCUUACACGCAUGAAUAAUGGGGAAGCGAAGCCCGAGUUUCGUCUCCCUCUCGCAAACAUUGGCGCGGUUCUCAUUCCUGUCUCAUUAUUCUCAUUCGCCUUGAUGGUUGAAUACCACGUACAUUGGGCUGUAACACUUGUUGCCACUUUCUUCUAUGGUAUUGGACAAGUCGCUAUCUUUAAUACUGUACAAAAUUACUACAUCGAUAGUUUCGAGAAAUAUGCGGCAAGUGCCAUUGCUGCUGGUGCUUUUUUCAGAAGUAUUUUUGGGGGUAUCGUUCCUCUGAUCACACCAACCAUAUUGGAUAAUGUUGGAGUCGGGUGGGGACUGAGCAUAUUUGCAUUUUUCAGUGUUGCAAUUGCCCCAAGUCCCCUACUUUUUUAUUAUUAUGGAGCGUCACUGAGAAAGAGAUUUGCAAUAGAUUUGGAGUAA